UUGCCUGUGCUUGUCGCGCGUUGCAUGUUGCUGCGCUGGUUCCACCUGGCACGGGACCUGCUAGCCUGUUGCUACCACAAGGGAGGAAAAGUUGAGCAAACAGGUGGGGAGGCCGGAGCUCAAACCUCAGGUUCCCUCCCCACCCCCAUGCCAGGCGAGCACCCAGGCCUCGGCUCCUGCUGCCAGCCCAGAGGCAACUCAGCCUCCUAGACAGGUGUCGGACAUGGAGGAACUGACCAUCUGGGAACAGCACACAGCCACGAUCUGCAAGGACCCCCACCGCGGCUUCGGCAUUGCAAUCUCUGGUGGCCAUGACCGGCCUGGUGGGUCCGUGUUCGUGUCCGACGUGGUGCCCGGAGGGCCCGCUGACGGCAGGCUGCAGGUGGGGGACCAGAUUGCCAUGGUGAACGGCGUGUCCAUGGAGAGUGUCAGCUCCACCUUUGCGAUUCAGAUACUGAAGACCUGCACCAAGAUGGCCAACAUUACCGUGAAGCGUCCCCGGAAGGUCCAGCUGCCCGCCACCAAGGCCAGCCCCUAUGGCCCAGGACACCAGGACUCAGAUGAGGAUGGGCCCUGGCGGCACGAGGAGGCUGACCAUGGCCGGGGCUACGAGGGCGACACAUCCAGCGGCUCCGGCUGCUCCUUGGGCAGGCGCUCCCACCGGCCCAGAGCAGGCUGCCGGAGCCGGGCUGGCAACCAUUCCAGCAGGAGCCUGGACAGGGGCUCUGAGGUCAAUGGGCUGGCCUUGGUGUCCGGCUUCAAGCGGCUGCCACGGCAGGAUGUGCGGAUGAAGCCAGUGAAGUCGGUGCUGGUGCGGAGGAGGGAGAGUGAAGAGUUUGGGGUCAAACUGGGCAGCCAGAUCUUCAUCAAACACAUCACAGAUUCGGGCCUGGCUGCCCGCAACAGUGGACUGCAGGAAGGUGACCUCAUCCUACAGAUCAAUGGGGUGUCCAGUCAGAAUCUGUCGUUGAGUGACACACGGCGACUGAUUGAGAAGUCAGAAGGGAAGCUGACUCUACUGGUGCUCAGGGACCGAGGACAGUUUUUGGUGAACAUCCCACCAGCUGUCAGUGACAGUGACAGCUCCCUCCUGGAGGACAUCUCAGACCUCGGCUCAGAACUAUCUCAGGCGCCACCAUCCCAUGUCCCACCACCACCCCAGCAUAGGGAGCGGAGCCCCGAUGCCAGCCGAACUGACUCCCCCGUGGAGAGCGCCCAGCUUCGGCAGGAAAGUUCCACGAAUUCCAGAACCAUCUCGGAACCAGACACCCCCAGGCAAAGCAGCUAUGACAUCUACAGGGUGCCGAGCAGUCAGAGCCUGGAGGACCGUGGGUACAGCCCUGACUCUCGGGUGGUCCGCUUCUGCAAGGGCACCAGCAUUGGGCUGCGGCUAGUUGGAGGCAAUGAUGUGGGCAUCUUCGUGUCGGGGGUGCAAGAGGGCAGCCCGGCCGAGGAACAGGGCAUCCAAGAGGGAGAUCAGAUUCUGCAGGUGAAUGAUAUGCCCUUCCAGAACUUGACUCGGGAGGAGGCCGUGCAGGUCCUGCUGGGGCUGCCACUGGGCGAGGAGGUGGAGCUGGUGAUGCAGCGGAAGCAGGACAUCUUCCAGAAAAUGGUGCAGUCCCGCGUGGGCGACUCCUUCUACAUCCGCACACACUUUGAGCUGGAGCCCAGCCCACCUUAUGGCCUGGGCUUCACCCGUGGCGACGUCUUCCACGUGCUGGACACGCUGUAUUCAGGCCCUGGGCAGAGCCACACCCGUGGGGGCCACUGGCUGGUGGUACGCAUGGGUCGUGACCUCCGGGAGCAGGAGCGCGGCAUCAUUCCCAACCAGAAGAGGGCAGAGCAGCUGGCCAGUCUGGAGGCCGCCCAGCGGGCUGUGGGGCCUGGCGCCUCCGUGGCCUCUGGUCGGCGGGCGGAGUUCUGGCGACUGCGUGGUUUUCGUCGGGGUGCCAAGAAGACGACCCAUCGGAGCCGAGAGGACCUGUCGGAUCUGACCAGGCAGGGUCACUACCCACCAUAUGAACGUGUGGUGCUGCGAGAAGCCAAUUUCAAGCGCCCAGUGGUGAUCCUGGGACCCGUGGCAGACAUUGCUAUGCAGAAGUUGACUGCUGAGAUGCCUGACCAGUUUGAAAUCGCAGAGAGCGUGUUGAGGACUAACAGCCCGUCUAAGAUCAUCAAACUGGACACCGUGAGGGUGAUUGCGGAGAAAGACAAGCAUGCACUCCUAGACGUGACACCCUCAGCAGUCGAACGCCUCAACUAUGUGCAGUACUACCCCAUUGUGGUCUUCUGCGCCCCCGAGAGCCGCAAGGGCCUUAAGGCUCUUCGCCAGUGGCUGGCGCCGGCGUCCCGCCGCAGCACCCGCCGUCUCUAUGCUCAAGCCCAGAAGCUGUGGAAGCACAGCGACCACCUCUUCACAGCCACCAUUCACCUGCAUGGCACAAGUGACAGCUGGUACCAGGAGCUCAAGGCCAUUAUCCAAGAGCAGCAAAUUCGGCCCAUCUGGACGGCUGAGGACCAGCUAGAUGGCUCCCUAGAGGACAACCUGGACCUCCCUCACCGUGGCCUGGCCGACAGCUCCGCGGACCUGAGCUGUGACAGCCGGGUCAACAGUGACUACGAGACAGAUGGCGAGGGCUACACAGACGGCGAGGGCUACACUGAUGGUGAGGGCUACACCGAUGGUGAGGGUGGGCCCUACACGGAUGUGGAUGAGGGCCCCCCCACGCCAGCCCUCGUCCGGUCCUCGGAGCCUGUGCUAGUGGACAAACCCCAGAGCCUGCAGGAUCAUGGCAGAUCCUCGGAUCGCCGAGGGGCCCAGGCGGACAGCCACCACCCACAGAGUCAGUUGCGACAGGACAGCAUACGGACAUAUGCACGGGAAGCUGUGAAGAAAAAGUUUACACAGGCCCGAGAUGUGGGGUCCUCUGACGAAGAUGGCUACGACUGGGGCCCCGCCACUGACCUGUGACCACCUCUCAUGUGGCCAGCCGGCCCCUCCCUUUUCCUCCCUGGGGCUGGGUCUUGGUUUCUCAUACAGAACCCCAAACCCUGCCUCCUUCGCCUGGCCUUUAAUAAACAUUUUCACAGCACUGCU